UCUCACAACAAUAAAAAUAGGUAUUUCCGAGUCUAAACCGCGCAUUUGCAAUCCGUAUGACAGCAAAAAAUUCUGACAGCAUAAAACCAAAUAAAAGAAAUUUAAAUGAAGCAGAAAUUAUCCAUUAUGCAGAAUUCGUCUCGCGAGCGUCUCUUCAAGACAAAAGGAAAGUUCUUGAUAACACCUCGCAUUUCGUGAAUAACGCGUAACGGUCUUGACACAGAAAAGGGAGGGGAAGAAAGUGUAGAAAUCUUCAUAGAAAGGACGGAGAUGUUCUACGCAUUUCCUGGCCGAGACAAGACUUAGCUUUUAAGCGAACGCUACAGCACGUUGUAUAAAUGGCGCGCGAAGUGCGUGCCGCCGUUUUAGUCGUUUUUACGAAAUAGAAGGAGGAUGAUCGUCGUCGACAAAAUCAGCAUUGUCUGUCUGGUGACACGCGUUUGCUUGACGAGUGCCAUACUGGCGGCCAAGGUAUCCUUGAAUCCGACGAAUGUGCCGCGUCCAUGGCAUAGUUAUUUGCUGGCUACGAGCACGCCGUUCCCGAAACAUCCGAAUCAUCAACAUGACGAUCGUUCGAUCGGCGCUGAUCUAGAAAAGCUCGUGCCCUCCAGAGAACAUCCUACAAGUCCUCAGCCCGCCACUUCGACCUCGAAUAAUCGUAGACAAAAGUUGCAGACUGGACCUCAGAGGUUCCCUACGGAAAUUCACCAAGACUUUUUGGCAAAGGUGCCGAAUGCAUCGCCAUCGCCUCCGCCAUCGUCGACGACGAUGACGACGUUAUCGGGAUCUCGAGAUAUCCGGGAAUAUCAGCGCCAUGUACCUCGACGAUUCGCACAUCAGGAUAUCCAAGUGCUCGACAGAUACUUGACAGACGAGCCGCAUGAUGAUCAACUGCCGUAUCGCGGGAAAGCCGAACUAUCGACGUAUUACCGUCGCGAGCCGCAAGAUAUAACGGCGGCCAUCAAGGCCUUAGAUCGCUUCCUAAGCCAUACUUUGAACGACGACGGGUACAACAGCAAGUUACAUCCACCGCCCAAUCCCAUUUUAGCUCUCGUCCUGUCUCGAUACGGGCGCUACGUGCCCGGAACGCGAAACCCUCGCGUAUACGCGUACAUGGCAGUGAACAAUAUUCACAACCACUUGCCGUUCGGCAGGUACAAAUACGAGUGCGACGAGGAGCCGAUUUACCGGUGAAAUAGCGAUUGUAUCUAAUAUAGUAAAAUUGCGAAAAAAAAAUAAUAUAUGACAAAAUUAAAUAGUAAUUGAUAAUUGAAGCUUCCACGAUCUUUAGAGUCGAUAUUUGAGUGUG